AUGUUAAUUGGUGCUGGUUAUUUUUUCGAAUUAUUAUGUACGGGACAAUUAAAGCCGGUAGCUGGUCAACCGAUAUUCCAAGAAACUCGUUUUGGAUGGGUAGUAUCGGGUCCCGCAGAUAACGUAAUUAAUUCAGGUGGAUGGGCCGCGAGUGCGGUAAAUCUAUCGAUAACUGAGAAUACAGAAACAGAUUUAGAACAGUCGAUUACAACAUUUUGGAAAUUAGAAGAAUACGAAUCAAAAUCAGUGUAUACAAAAGAAGAAAAGGAAUGCGAAUCACAUUUUGAUAACAAUAUAAAUCGUGAUGAAAGCGGUCGAUUUAGAGUUCGACUUCCGUUUAAAAAAAACGACUACAAAAGAGAUACACAGUUAAAACAAGAUUAUAUAAAAUGUAUGUCGGAAUACGAAGCAUUGGAGCAUAUGGAACGCGUAGAUAACGAAAUCGAAAACAAAGACAGAGAAGGAAAAUAUUAUAUUCCACACCACGCCGUGCGUAAUGACAGUAGUACUACAACGAAACUACGGGUCGUGUUUGACGCCUUAAUUGCCGAAGAUCGGCGAGAUUUUCAACAUGUGUUAUGGCGACCUGAACCGACACAACCGAUACAUGUAUAUCGACUAAAUACACUGACCUACGGCACCGUGCCGGCGUCGUACUUGGCAACAGCGUGUCUCGAAAAUUUGGCAAAUACGGAAUGUGAUAGUUGUCCGGAGGUUGGCGAAUUAAUUAUUAGAGAUUUUUAUAUGGACGACUAUCUAGGUGGUGCAAUGUCGAAGGCCGGUGCAAUACAAUUACGAGAUGAUCUAAUUUCAAUUAUGAGCAAAGCCGGUUUAGAACUUCGCAAAUGGUUAUCUAAUGACCCAGAGUUAAUAGUCAACGUGCAUUCCGAUAACAAUAACAUAAGAGGUAGAGGUCAAUGCCCCGAUAGCCAAGCGAAAAUAUUAUCCGAGAUCGCGACAAUAUUUGAUCCAUUAGGGUUAUUCGGACCUGUUAUUAUAAUCGCGAAAAUUAUUAUGCAAAAGUUAUGGCAAAUAAAGGUUAAUUGGGAUGAUGUAUUACCCGACAACAUUUGUGCCGAAUGGCAAAGGUACCGAGACGGGUUACCAUCGUUAAAUAAUUUAAGAAUACCACGAAAAAUAAUUUCAAACAAGAUAGUAGUCAUUACUGAAAUACACGGUUUCGUGGAUGCAUCCGAGAAGGCGUAUGGUGCAUGUUUAUACUUAAGAACUACGGGCGUACACAAAAAUAUAGAUGUAAAAUUAAUAUGCGCAAAGUCAAACGUUGCUCCGUUAAAAAUAGUGUCUUUGCCGCGGUUAGAACUGUGUGCCGCCUUGCUGCUAUCCCGAUUGCGUAAUAAACUAAUACCAAAAUUAAAUUUAAAAAUUAAUCGACGUCGAUUUUGGACCGAUUCUAAAGUGGUCUUGGCUUGGAUAACAUCACCAUCAGGUCGAUGGAAGACAUUUGUCGCGCACCGUGUUUGUGAAAUACAAGAGUUGGCAGCGUGCAGCGAAUGGUCACACGUUCCCACUCAUGACAACGCGGCGGACGUAUAA